AUGUCGCUUACUGAGGAAAAAAUAGGGCCUAAUAUUAAGUUAUUAGAAGCUAAAAUUCAGGCGUAUUUCGGUAGAUUACAAGGUAUCUAUGACUUGUCGUCGCACGUCGCGACAGCCAAGACGCAAGAACGGUUUAUGUCGCAAUCGGCGAACGUAGAAGUACUACGUUCGGAAUUUAAUAACCUGGUAGAACAGCUUAAUGCUGCGCGUAUGCAAGCUGAUGAAGAGUACGUACCGUCGUUUCAAACAUGGGAAGCUUUUGAGGAAAUGUUUUCGCACAUUCAACAUGUCACAAAACAAUUGACGGCCGGCAAGUCCGAUGGGGCGCUGGCGCCAGUAGCCUCGCCGGCGCAUCUUAAACCUAAUUUAAAGCUUCCUCCCAUUGUUCUUCAGACGUUUGAUGGCGAUCAAAAGAAAUUCGCUUCGUUUCUCGAGUGCUUCAAUAGUACGGUACAUCGUAAUGCGGCCCUUACGGAUGCGGAAAGAGUGUUUUACCUGUGUGGUCAACUUUCGGGUAAGGCGUUAGCAACAAUAGCUGGAAUUGUUCCUUGUGGUGAAAACUAUAAAUUGAUUUACGACACGCUGGUGGACAAAUAUGAAGACGUGAGGUUGUUAGGUACGUCGUAUUUGGACGAGUUGUUCAAUUUUAAACAAUUAGAAUCACCGUCUGCGAAAGGAUUAAAUGACUUUGUAGAUUGUUUUGUAACCUCUGCCGCGGCCUUCGAUAAACUGGAAAUAUCGGACAAGAAAGAGUUCAUAUUCUUAUAUUUAGCGUUAAAGAAAAUCGAUCCCGAAACCGGGCGUAUGUUCGAAAAUUCCGUGCGCUCAGAGAAGCGGCCUAAAUACACUAGCUUUCUUACGUUCAUUAAGGAACAAGCCAAAAUAUUGGAACGUCGCGGGGACCCGGGUCCCGCCUCUAAUGUAGCAUGUGCGAAUACGACCCAGCGUGCGGGAAAGUCACAGGGUGAGCGCGCAGUUUGUCAGUGCGGCGGGGCGCGCGCGCGCAACAUGCUCCCCGCGCCCUCUCUGUCUCCCACAGCCGCUGAGAUACCCGCGCACUUGGACUCGUCCGCGAUAAUGGACUCGCCCGUGCCUUUGGACUCGCCCGUUUCUGCGACUACUUCGGGAGCGGAUACUACAAAUAACGUACAUGUGUCGUAUAAUUAUUUACAAGCAAACAUCGCGCCCGAGGUAACGACAGCAAUGUUAGCUACCGCCAAGGUGACCGCAAUAGACAAAAAUGGGAAAAUACAUUAUCUGCGUUGUAUGAUCGACAACGGGUCACAAAAUCAUUUCAUAACUACCGCUGCCUUUAAUAAGCUGUCAUUAAGUUAUUUAAAUAAAGAAUUACCGACGACAGUAAGUGGAUUUGGAGGCGUUCCUAAUGCUACUAAGGGUAAAGCGCAACUUACGAUCCGAUCUUGCUAUAAGAAGGAUGUAACUUACGACAUAACGGCGUUAGUCUCGGACCGCAUAGCGCUCCCCGUACCGACCGCUCGAGUUGACCGCGCCGCGCUGACUUUCCUGUCCGGAGUGCCGCUCGCGGAUGAUGAGUUCCACGUUACUGGAGACAUCGACCUACUUAUUGGAGUCGAAUUAUUUGGGACAUUGCUUAUGAGCGGUCGCGUCCACGGCCCACCCGGCUCACCUGACGUGUUGGAAUCCACACUUGGGUUUUUAGUAAUGGGGAAAACUCCCGUAGCACUACCACAGUCUAAGCCAAGAUCCGUAGCAUUAUGUGCGUUCACGGGGGCACCGCUAAACAAAUUAGUAGAAAACUUUUUUGAGUUAGAAGAAGUACCUACCUGUACUUCCACAUUCAUGAGCGCCGAUGAACAAGCCUGUGAGGAAAAUUAUAAGAAUACUACCACUCGGGAUGACUCGGGGCGAUAUUCGGUAGCAUUACCCUUUAAGAGCAGUCCAGAGGAACUUGGGAAUUCGCUGGUUCUUGCCGAGAAACGUUUUUUAUCGCUGGAAAGGAAAUUUAGCUCCACGCCACCCUUGCGAACCGCUUACGACGACAUCGUACGAGAGUACAUAGAGAAGGGUUACUUGAACAUCGUAACAGGGGACAGUAGGGAGGAAGGUUAUGUAAUUGCCCACCAUGGAGUGGUGCGCAACGACAAAAUUUCUACCAAGUUGCGUCUGGUCCUGGACGCUAGUGCGCCGACGGACAAGAACGUUUCGCUGAAUUCAAUUUUAAAUCCAGGUCCUAAUCUGCAGUCUGAUUUAUUUCUAGUACUUUUGAAUUUCAGAUUAUUUCCCGUCGCCUUUUGUGCCGACGUUAAACAAAUGUACCUUCAAAUUCAGGUGCACCCCGAGUUUAGGAAAUACCAACGAAUCUUGUAUAGGUUCAAACCUGGUGACCCUUUGCAAUUAUACGAGUUUGAGCGUGUUUGUUUCGGUUUAUCCGUGAGCCCAUAUCUGGCGUUACGAACCAUUCAACAAUUAGCUGUUGACGAGGGACCCCAGUAUCCACGCGCGGCUGAACUUAUCAGGCGAGGAGAUUACUACAUGGACGAUGUUGCAUCUAGCGCACCGUCUGAAAAAAUAGCCUCUAAAACGGCAGCACAGCUUAUUGAUAUGUUCAAGGCGGGUGGCUUUGACCUGAUGAAAUGGUCGAGUAAUUCACCAGAGCUCCUCAAGGCCAUACCUAAAGAGUAUCUACACCCGAGUUGGGUUGAGUUUGGUGACGGGUCUUAUCAAAAGGUUUUAGGCAUAAAGUGGGAGCCGCGAUCCGAUUCAUUUUCAUUCGAAGUAAACUCAAAUACAGAACGAUGCACCAAGCGCAACAUUUUAUCGGUAGUGGCACGAUUGUGGGACAUUUUAGGGUUUGCGGCUCCAGUGAUCUUAUAUGCUAAACUUAUGAUAAAACAACUAUGGUUGGAACACAUCGACUGGGAUCAAACCCCACCCUCAGCUGUUAUCGACGCGUGGGUUAAUUUCGUUAGAGAUUUACCGCUUCUGAGCCAAAUGAGAAUACCGCGUCACGUAGGCGUAACGUCUUCCUGCACAGUUACACUUUUAGCCUUUGCAGAUGCGAGUGAGAAGGCCUAUGGUGCGGUACUGUAUUUACAUGUGGUUGCUAAUCAAAGCAUAUCAGUGCGAUUUUUGUGCGCGAAAUCCAAGGUGGCCCCGAUGAAGGUUGUGUCCCUGGCCCGGUUGGAAUUAUGUGCAGCCUGGCUUAUGUCGAAAUUGGUUCGAAUAGUUAUGGAUAACUAUAGCACGCGCAUCUCACUCUCUCAUAUCUAUGCGUUUUCGGAUUCGACCGUGACCCUACACUGGAUUCAUUCCAGCCCCCACCGAUGGAAAAUAUUCGUCGCGAAUCGGGUGGCAAAGAUCCAAAAGAAUUUGCCAUCGGAUUGUUUCUUUCACGUGUCAGGAAAGGAGAAUCCAAGUGAUUGCCUGUCGCGUGGGCUUACACCCUCCCAACUAUUGGAACAUCCGCUGUGGUUACGAGGUCCAUCGUGGGCUCGACUGGAACGUUCAAAGUGGCCUAUAAAACCUUUCGUGGCGAGCUCGGAAGGUGAAGUACCGGAACAAAAGGUAAUAGCCCUACCCACUGUAGCUACUGUGGCCCCCCCAGCGGAGGAGCCUGUGCUGUACACGUUGUCCAAAAGGAUAUCAUCCUGGUUAAGAUACCUGCGCGUUAUCGUUUACGUGUUACGCUUUAUAAAAUUGCUGUCAUCAAAAGGCGCUGUUACGACAGAGGACACGGAAGCGGCGGAGUUAGCCGCUAUCAAGACUAUUCAGACUGUGCACUUUCCGGAAUAUUUGGAGGUCAAUCCGGCUGGCAAAGCCCCCGCCUCGAAGGCUAUUCGGAAGCUUAGACCCAUCCUAGUAGAUGGAGUGUUGCGAGUAGGAGGUAGAUUGGACAACGCUAAUCUCACCUUUGAUCACAAACAUCCGUUUCUACUGCCACGGAAGGAUCAUGUCGUUAACCUGAUCAUAGAUUAUACGCACCGCAAGAAUUGCCAUGCAGGGGAAAAGCAUUUGUUGUCGUUGUUAAGGCUUCGGUAUUGGAUAUUAUCUGCUAGAGUGAUCGUGCGCUCCAGAGUCGAUUCGUGUUUGCGGUGUUUCAAGGCACGUCCAAAGGGAAUAACGCCACCGGCAAUGGCGAAUCUGCCAGAAUGCAGACUACAAAUCUCCAAGGCUUUCGCUCAUACUGGAGUGGAUCUAUGUGGACCGCUCAACGUUACAUUGGUACGAAAACGUGGUGCUAAGAGUCAGAAAAUGUACGUAUGUGUCUUCAUUUGUCUGACCACGCGCAGCACGCAUGUAGAGAUAUGCGCAGACUUAAGUUCGGAAACGUUCCUUAACGCACUGAAACGGUUUAUAUCCCGUCGAGGUCCGGUAGAUACUAUGUAUUCAGAUAAUGCAACGAAUUUUGUGGGAGCUGAUUCUCAUUUGAAAAAACUCCUUAACCAGGGCUUUUCGGACACCUUUCGAAGGGAGCUUCUAGAAAAUCAAGUAAAAUGGAGAUUUAUCCCGCCCAACGCCCCACACUGGGGAGGCAGCUGGGAAGCGGCUGUAAAAUCAUUUAAGACUCACCUGUUUCGGGUGAUUGGCGCUCAAAUAUUGUCAUAUGACGAACUUUACACGCUUUUGUGCCAGAUUGAAGCUGUCUUGAACAGUAGGCCUUUGGGUCUGCUAAGCGCCGAUCCCGCAGAGCCCGCGCCGCUCACGCCGGCUCACUUUUUGAAUACCGUACCUUUAAGGUCCUUACCCGCCUCGGAAAUAACGGAAGAGCGUACUAAUCGGUUAUCUCGUUAUAGUUUACUUGAGAAUCUGGUACAAUCCUAUUGGCGUCGUUGGUCCCUAGAGUUUUUGCAUACGCUUCAAGCACGGGAGAAAUGGAACACUGAUUCGCGACCUAUCACCGUUGGGACUGUAGUUCUUAUUAUCACUGACAACGCCCCGCCGUUGCACUGGCCGAUGGGCAUAGUUAUGGAGACUUAUCCGGGAAAAGACGGCGCUAUAAGGGUAGUCUUAGUCAAAACAAAGAACGGCACGUACAGGCGUCCGGUAGUGCGUUUGUGUCCACUUCCUAAUAAUAUUCCUUAG